UGUUUUCAUUCUUUUACAGGUUUAACCCCCUAUACCUAUGAUGGCAGUGGGAGGAGCUGAUGUAGAUUGGACUGAUGGAUUGAGUGAGAGCCAGUUAGAACAAUAUGAGGAAAUAGAAGCCCUACAGUCCAUACUCGCAGACACAGGACAGUUCAAACUUCUCUCAUCACCAAAAGAUGGCCCUGAGGUGCUGUUUUCUAUGCAGUUAAAUGUGUGUGUUAAGACUCAAGAUGGUGGAAUAACAGUUGAGGCCUGGGUACCAUAUGAACAUGACAUAGCCCAUGCACAGCAUGCUGUAGCCGCAAUUCCGUCAAACACACGACCACAGUUUGCCAGGUCCGACUCUGGGAGACGUUGGCACUCUUCAUUCAAUGUACAACAUCUGACACCAUUGUGCCUUCAAGUGACCUUGCCCCAAGGUUACCCAAAUGAUGCUGCACCAAUCUUCACUCUCUCUUGUCUCUGGUUAGACACUCUUAAACUGACUGUCCUGUGCAAGCAACUGGACUCACUGUGGAAGGAUUUAGGCUCAAUGCCAAUCAUAUACACCUGGAUAGACUGGCUGGAACAUAAUACACUAGACUUCCUUGCACUUACAGAUAAGGUGAUUUUGACCCCAUACUUAGAUGCUGACUCUGCCUGGCUAGGAGAGCGUGAUUCAAGAGCUUUACCUGAAUGUGUGGAUUUGGAUGAUUCCCUUAUCACAAUGCUUCGUCAUAGCUUGAAUGUGGAUAUGCAACAAUUCACGACCAAUAACCAUGAGUGUGGGAUAUGCUUCGUUGAGAAACCUGGACGUGAAUUUUUCCGUAUUAGUGAUUGUCACCAUCAUUUUUGUAGAGAAUGUAUGACUGAUUAUUGUAACCUCCAUGUCGGGGAAGGGACUGUGCAACAAUUACAUUGUCCAGACAAUGAUUGUAAGUUUGCUCUUCCUCCAGUCAUCAUCCAAGCUGUUUUAGGAAAUGAUGAAUUCCAGCGCUGGGAAAGAUUAUUGCUCCAGAAGGCCCUCGACACUAUGGGUGACAUUACAUGGUGCCCACGCUGCAACAAUGCAGUUAUCAAAGAAUCAGAGGAGAGUCUAAAGUUAGCUCACUGCACCACAUGUAUGUACUCAUUCUGUACAGCCUGCAACAGUGCUUGGCACCAGGGAGAAAAGUGUAAAGGAAUUGAAGAGAAACUUAGAAAACUGGAGGAAGAAUCAAAGAAUAUAUCUGAAGAAGACGCACGGCAGAAGAAGUUGAUACGUGACUUGUACUUGACUGAGAAAACAGUUGCAGAUACUAGCAAGCCAUGCCCUCGUUGCAAAGUACGUAUUCAGAAGAACUUAGGUUGUAACAAAAUCCACUGUUUACAAUGUGGGACCUCCAUGUGCUAUUCUUGUGGGGCUGACAUCUCACAGGAGGGCUAUGGCCACUUCACUGAGAGCCCUGAAUGUAGCUUAUCCCCAGUUGCUGAAUAUGAGACGAUUGGAAAUAACAUUCCUUACCAACACUUCAAUGUUGUACCUCAAUUGAUACGCAGGGUUCCCAAGAGGGAAAAACAUGAACGAGACAAGCAGAUAGCUGAAGCAUUAAAAGAGGAUCCUACGCUGAGGCAGAACAUCAGGCAAUGCCCAAGCUGCAAACAGAGAAACUUGAAAGAAAACAUGAACAAUCAUAUAAAGUGCUGGCAGUGUUCUACAAACUUUUGUGGCAUGUGCAUGAAGAAAAUCAAUGGCAAAAUUCUCGAUCAUUUCAAAAAAACUGCUCCAUGUAUACAGCAUAGUGAAUCAUAAUUACAUUACAUUUAAAAAUGUUGUACAGUACUUAUUAAAGUACAUGAUAACAUUUAAUGUAAACAAUGCACGCAUACAUAUUAUAAUUAUAUCCAAGCAUAAACCAAUAACCAAAUUGAUGUGCAAAUGUCACCUUUUAAAGAAAAAUUUGUUUUAUUCCAGUUUCCAAAUUUGACAAAAAACUACCCAUGCUUUAUAUCUCCCUCAAAAAAUUCUCACGACAUCUGGGACACCCUGUACAUGGUCUAUAAAAUAAUGAAAACAGAACUGAAUCUUGUAUUAUCACAUACUAUGUAAAAUUCCAGUGAUCUGAUUGGUUGGUUACUGUGUGAGUCUUCCCGUCUCACACAGUCAUCUCACAUGUUACUGGAGGCAACCAGUGAUGACGUUUCAUAUUUUUGUGUUGGAUACUGUUGAUAACGUCAUUACUCAAUUGAGGAAUAAAUGGGUUCAUGACGUAACAGUGUAAUAUUUUUGGUAGAAAUGAUGUCAUUCAUUCAUAGCUCAGGGGGUCCAAACAAGCUAUUUGCCUCAAUAUCAGUAUGUGAUAAAAUCGUCAUCACAGGUUUUGGCUUGUGUGAUAGAGGAAAUCUUCC